CACAAGGAGGGCAGUUGAGGAUCACGGGGUUGCCAAGUGCUAGCUGGAGAAGCCUUCACACGGGGCCAUGAUGCGGCAGCAGCAGGUCUACCCCGGCGCCAGUCAGCUGACUGUCCAGGAACAAAUACAGAAUGCCUCCCUGAUCUCCAUGGCGUCACGCUCGGAGAUGGACGACGAGGUGGACAGGCUUCUCAAGCGAGGCAACGACAACAUCUUCGUCGCUUUUUGCAGAGGAAACCCCACCACUCCGGCUGGCAAGCGGAUCCAGAUGGGGAAGAUGUUGACUUUGACCCUGCUGCCAACCUUGGCCUUGCUGAUCAUGUCUAUUGUUGAUGUCCGGGACACCGCCUAUAAGAACGUGGCCAACACCGCCAUCAGAGACGUGGUCAUUCUGAGCACAGAGGUUGGCCUCUUUGUUCACUUUCUUCAACGAGAACGAGGCUAUACCGCCAUGCACGCAAGCUACAAUGACCAGACGACAGAGAAGUUGGUGACGGAUAGCUUCCGUGAGACGGACGCAGCUAUGGCCCAGCUAAAUACCUGGCCAGGUCAGACAAACACCCACUUGCCGGAGUUCCCAACGGCUCAGAGCUUCCUGGACGCGCUGAAGAGCCACCGCGCCGACUUGGUGCCCAGGCUGAACGGCAACCACACGUACCGCACAGAGAUGUCCUUCUACAUCAACCUCACCGACAGCCUCAUCGGCUGGAUGUACCGCGCCAUCCAGUUCGCCAAAGACGGUGACGACUGGCGCCAGCUGGUGGCCUACCAGCUGCUGCUGAGCAGCAAGAACGACAUCGGCAUCGAGAACCUGGGCAGCAUCUACUACCUGUUGGGCCACUUUAGCCACGAGGACUACCUGUGGUUCUUAGAGAAGCAGAGCAUGGGUGCCGGCAACCUGCGAGCCUCCAAGCUUUUCUCGCCAACUGUCACGGCCUCCAUGGAGGCGCUGUUGUCCAAGCACGAUCAGCGCAACACGACAGAGUUCAUCGUUGCCAUGCGGCAGGAGAUUAGCCACGGCAGCGAUAGAUGUGGAGACAAUAUGUCGGAGCCGUCAUUCCCGAAGAGCAAGUACUGGUUCGACAACAUGACCAUCUACCUGGACACCAUGUUUGAGGUGCAGCAGAAGCUAGCCAACGAGAUUCUGGAAAACGUUAGCAACGCUCUGCACCGGGACACGCAGGACAUUGCCUUGAGCAUCGCCCUCUUCACCGUCAUCCUCAUCAUCUGCCCGGUCAUCCUCAUGUCCGUCAAGGCGAUGGUCUCCGACAUUCAGCGCUACGCCAACACGCUGGCUGACCAGACCAAGGAGCUGAGUCGCGAGCGCAAGCGUGCCGAGUGUCUGCUGUACCAGAUGUUGCCGGAAGCCGUAGCCACGCAGCUGAAGCUCAAGAAACAGGUGUCCGCCGAGAGCUUCGAUGAUGUUACAAUAUUCUUCUCCGACAUUGUAGGAUUCACGAAAAUUUCAGCGUCCUGCACCCCCCUGGAAGUGAUCUCCCUUUUAAACACUCUCUACUCAUGCUUCGACGCCCGGCUGGAGCUUUAUGAUGUCUACAAGGUGGAAACUAUUGGCGACGCCUACAUGGUAUCUUCAGGGGUGCCCAGGAGAAACGGCAGACGUCACGUGGCCGAGAUUGGGACAAUGGCGUUGGACUUAGCGCACCACGUGACACACUUGGAGAUCCCAAACCUUCCUGGGCGCGCGCUUCACUUGAGAGCAGGAGUAAACACAGGUCCAGUUGUGGCAGGUGUAGUGGGAUCAAAGAUGCCGCGUUACUGUCUCUUUGGGGAUACGGUCAACACUGCAUCCAGAAUGGAAUCAACUGGAGAAGCGGACAAAAUUCAAGUCAGCCCCACCACAUACAAUGCGCUGCUUGCCUUUGGAUCGGAAUAUACUCUGGAAAGCCGGGGCUUUGUGGAAAUCAAGGGUAAAGGUCGAAUGGAAACUUUUUGGCUUCUAGACAAAGAUGGCUUUGAGAAGACUCUGCCCUGCAUGCCGGAUUGCCGGAAGUUCAAUGACGUCACCUUUCGCCGCAUUAGCGGCACUCGAGGGCCCACCAUUCACUGAAGGACCUCGCGAGGAGAGCACAGACUCUGCUGGAUAACAAAAAGAGAAGAAAGCUUUUGCUCAUCGACAGAGCAGAAAUCACUGCCCUUCAGUUGUGUGUGUGUGGGUGUCACAUUAAUUCACAUUAAUGUACGUAUUGUACGGAUGGCUGACUCUCCCUCGCCCCCGCCCUCUCUGUCUCUCGCUCUCCAUCUCAGAGACACAUUUGAAUUAUAUGCUCUUUGCAAACUCAAUUAGAAACAAAAUAUUUAUGAACUUGUCUAGAUGAUCACUGGUCACUGGGUGCAUGAAAGCGCAAAAUUUAACGCCUGUGGUUCAGCUGUCGCUAUUCAAGACACUGGUAUUGGGUCAGCUCGUCUGACACCCCAGUGGUGCAAGAAAUGCAGCUGGACUUGGAACAACUCACACUGUUGGCAAUCAUUAUAACUAUUUUUUUUCACAAAGGAACAAUUGUAGACAUCAAGUGGUGUAGGCACUUCUCUGAUGACCAGAACAAGCCAAAAGCAUGUGCAAAAACCAAACUCCUGCCAGGCUUAUACUUUGUACAGACUUGCUUUCGUUUUUGCAUCAGUUGAAUUACCUUUUUGUGUAAUCUUCAACAUAUUUGUACAGAAUUAAUUCACCAGUACUUGCAUCAUCACCAUCACCAUCACCAUUACCAUCACCAUCAUCAUAAGACAAUGUAUAUAGCGCUGUUUUCAAACCGACUUCCACGAACCACCUUUGUGCUCCCUAGCAAACACCACCGACACAAACCUGCAAGGGGAGGUAAGGAACUGUCGCAGACGAGCUUCACAGUAAGCACAAAGCGAACUAUAAGUUCUCGUUUUCAAUGCUUGAUGAAGUGGGCGGUGAGAGAACCAAGAUUAUGACUGACAUGAUCUGAUUCAAGUGAGGCAGAAUGUCAACUUAAUUAUAAAUUAUAAAGGUGCGUUGUAAAUUAUUACCAAGUUCUACAUGGUUUGCCAAUCACAGUCUCUGCGAUGUUCACCAAGAUCCUUUGCGUCCCUUCGGGUGAAGCCAUUGCCAUAGGCAGGACAAGCCAACGAUGGCAGAUGCGAAGGACGAGGACGACUAGCAGACGGCGACUUCAUGGAGGAGCAGCAGCGAUGAUGGAAGGACGUGGAAUAUGAUGUAAGUGAAGACGGCACGAGAGCUGGAACACCGAUGUAAGGAACUAUUUUAAGUACCUUUGGUCUGCAAGUGGAGAACAAAGUCCCUGCAAGCAAAACUGAACAUCGACGAGGGCGCAGUGCAGACUCACUGCAACCGCUGCCAGAGAAACCAGCAGGACAGACAUCUACAAUCAAUGGAGUCACACAGUGAUUACUUUGUCGUCGAUUUUUAUGUCAGUUCUUUAGUACUCCUGAAUGACAAGUAUGACGGGAAAAGGUACAUCAGACGAAGCAGACGACAAAAUCCAAUCUGAAAUCUGAACUGUAAAUAGACGCACGGGUACAAACACAAGAAUGCCAAGAGGCUGACAGAAAUUGCCUUCCAUCGGGACACACCCGUGAUAAAAAAGAAAUCGUGUAUGGAUGAGGAAAGUACGUGGGAUUCGUGCAGCAAGAACAAGCCAAAGACGAGUCCCGUGAUCAGAGACAGCAUGACUGAGGUAGAAACCAGAUGGAUGUCAGCUCUGCCUUAGUCUGACAUUGAAGUAAAGCAGUAGAGCAGUCGCUAGUAAAAUUUUCUGAGCUAAUUAUAAUGCACAGGAAUUUAUGACCAUUUCAGAACAAAUCUGAGUCCACAGAAGUAGUCCACAACUGCAUAUCAAAGCUGCUGAGGAAGUAGAAAUAAGUAGAGGGAGCUUUAGGCCCACCUCAGUUUGAGACAGGGGAGGCAAAAAUAACUGAGGAAAUGGAAGAUAUAUCUAGAAGCAACGAAAAGGGUGUAAAAAUUUCUUGAAUGGACCGAGUUUGAUGGAGAAAUGUGCUUUUUAAUUACCCCAGUUUUUCUUGAGAGAAACUAAGAUUCUUGAAAAUGGCUAUAGCUGGACGUUUUACAGAACUCUGCUUGCAGUGGAUCUGGAUAGUCACUAUAGCUAUCCAAAGACAGAUGUGGGGAUCUACAAAGGCAUUCUGGCUAACUGUAACCCUUGGCAAGGGCAAACAAAUUUUAUGGUAAUUUAUCUUGAGAGAAGCAAAAGGUGAUGUGUACAUUCCCCUUGAUACCUGAUUUCAGAUUUCCCUUGUGCAUCACUUUCAUGGUUUUUUGUUGUUGUUGUUGAUAAAGUUAUCAGUCCACAUGACUGCAUUUUGCAUAAUGCUUCAAUACUCAUGCAGAAUAGCAUGUCACUCACAUUCUUAUUAGUGUUUCAGAAACCAGAGCAGUUAGGCUCUCUCUCUUUCAUUGUGCUGACCUUCUUGAUGUUUCAGAAACCAGAGCAGUUAGGCUCUCUCUCUUUCAUUGUGCUGACCUUUAUGAUAUUUCAGUCCCAGUGUGUCCUGUAUGUUCAUAGUCAGUACCCAGAGUACAAUUCCUGAUACCACAUGUUUUUUGUACAUUUUUUGGGUAUAUUUAUUAUUCCAAUCAUCUACAUGAUAUCUUACAUUAUUCCAAGUCUUUCUGUGUGAUUUUUCACUUUAACAUAUCAAUCGAUCUGAAACAACAUUCCUGACUUUUUGAAUGCAUGCUGGUAUAUAUAUCUAAGUCCAUUUUUGUGGUGUGUGUGUGGCCACACGGAUGAAGAUGUGCAAGUCUGUGCUUACAGAUGUCUGCUCAUAUUUUUUAUUAGAUUAUUAACAUUUCACCUCUUCAUAUUUCUCACCAUAAUGAGGUUUUAAACACUUCGGAGAGAUGGCUGAAGACCUUAACAGUUUGAAGAAAUUAGAGAACAGUUGUAAUUUUUGCAUGAGACAUAUGCAAUCACACAUCUUACAGAUGGCAGCGUUGAUCAUACACGCUAUUCAUCAUGUGACAACAGCACUGUAAAGAUGGCAGACCCACUGCAUGCAUAAAAAGAAGAGCUACAGUCUUUAAUCUGUUUUUGAAAAUAAGAAGGUAUAAAUUUAUUGAAAUUUCUGCAAGUUAAUACCACUCCAACAGAUUUAUGAAUCAUAGAGGAAGCUUUGGAACAAGGAUAUGUUCUGUUAUGAAUGCAGAAUGAGGAAAUGUGAUAUGCGGUGGAUCACUGGCUGCUUGCGGUCCAGGCACUCGUUAAGCACUAGAAUGCAUGCAUUCAACGAAAUUGAGAUUAUGAAGACAUUUUUGUAAGAAUUAUUUGAAAUGAAUAAGCAAUGCAGAUUCAGUUUUAAGACUUUCAUUUCACUCCCCCUUUGUACAGUCCUAUGAAUAGUGCUCUCAAUCAAAAUUGAAAUUUUAACAUUUUUAUACCUUUCAUAUGUUAAAUAUGAGACAGCACUAGUUCCAAAUGCUCUGUCUAGUAGAACAUUAAUUCUGAUUACUGCUUCUCUAUUUUGCCUAUGUGAAUGCCUUGAAGGGUUGAGGAUUUCUAAAUAUUAGUUUGGGGACUAGCUGCUGUAGUUGCUCGCAUUCUCAAAGAGUGAUACUGGUCGUUCUUGCCAUCUCUAAAGAGUGAUAUGAUUGACUUCAUGUCUGUGCCAAUCAAUCUUGUAUAAUGUUCGCUGUACAGUGAUAGUCAUAACCCUUGUGCCAAAGCAAGACCUAUACUACAGUAUCGCAGCACAGUUUUCAGCACAUUUUGUUUCCCUUGGGAAGUAAGGGAAAGUCAUCAGAGUUGCAGUGAGUGACAAAGUAUUUGCGAUGAGCAAAACCUUGCAGGGUUCAUCGAUUCAUUGUGGAAGAUGGAUGCAAACAUGUAGUUAUGAAGUAAGACCAAACAUCUGCAGCAAAGAGGUCAUUAUGCAGUUUCUCUAGAAAGAUUUUGCGAUGUGGAGUAUAUCUUUAUCUGCAUAGAAGAUGUGAUCGUAUAUUGAAACUAUAAUGAGACUUAUUGUUUUGCUUUUGCAGAGAGUAGAACUAGUUAACUGCUUCCAUUUUAUCACACCAUUGUGAUCCUUGCUUUGGAUGUUCAGACCUUUUUGCAACAGGAUUUAUUGUUUUUUUUUUUUUUGGUUUAUGUUUUUGACUAUUCUAAAUGGUUAAAAAAUAUUUAGCUGUAUUCAUGUAUAAAACUCAUGGAGGGUUGAUAUUGCUGACAGUUUUCCCCUAGUCUCAUGUGAAUCCAUGUAGUGGAGCAGCUGGUGGGUGGGAAGGUUGAGCAGACAAAGGUUAGCAUAACUGUUUGAGUUGAAAACUCCUCAGUUGAGGUGUAGAGAUGUGUACAAGGCAUCACCUUUAUGGUGAAGUACCAUGCAUCAUGUGCCUGUGCAUAUGGAGUUGGCUAGAGGCUUUUUCGUUUUCCCCAUAUAGCAGAAUAAUGUUAUGGAGUGAUAUAGCGCGAUGGCAGAAGUGCAUGUAAGUGUCUUGACCAAUUUCCGAAGUCUUUUGCUGGCCAUGCUGUUGCACAGGAUCAUACCAAUGCAGACUGUAAGGUGUGACAUGUAGAAUGAGGUCGAUUCUUCUGCUGCUGCUGAAUGGUGUUAUUGACAAUGUUUGUAACAGGCAGUAUGUCAGUUAAGUUGAAGAUGUGAUGUACAACCAUGUGAAAGCAAUAGAUUGAAAAGAAAUACCUUCUAGGGAAGGAGAAAGAACUGUGAAAUACCAUGGCGCAGCUACAAGGGAUCGACACAAUGAUCGCAAUUUUCAAAAGCACAAAUUUAAAAUAAAUAAAUGAAGCCUUUAUUUGUGAUCGUUGCUCAAAGAGCGAGACUGCGGGUUUGUGUGCAUCCAUGUUGCAUCACAUUAAUGGGAUUCUUAGCUGGACAAAGUCAAAUGUGUCAUUGCUUUUGACUUGUUUUUAUUGGAUAUUCACAGAAAAAGGAUUUUCGUUAUCAUAGAAUACAUUCCAAUAUGUCUUUAGGGGAAGAACAUAAUGUGUUGAGAUAAAGGUAAUGUAAAAUGGUGAGGGCUCCCAGAGGUUAGUGGAAGUAGAAAUAGUAACUGUUAGUAGAUCACCCUGUCCAAGGCACAAAGUAUGCAAGGCAGGAGAUAUGCCUCUGAGAUUUUUUUUUUCACCUUUUGAUAGGAGACACUCAUUGCUUUAAUAAGUACAGCCAGCCAAGCAACAAUGUACUGCUUUAAAAAGAAAGGCAAACAUAAAGCAUCUGACCUCAAAAAUACUUGCCUUUGCCAUAUCUGCAAAUGAUGUUACUGUAUUUUUAAGCAAGCAGAAAAUAAAAAUGCCUUCAGGUUCACAUUCUUGCAUCAGCAAUUUAUGUGCACUUUUCCAAAUAAGCAACUGAACAUAAAUGGGAGAUGACAUACCUGUUUAAUAUGAUUUGGCUAUAACAGACUUGUUACAGGUAUAAGUUGCUGUACACUGACAAAUGCAACUCUUUGGAUUCAGCAAUCCCAUAAAGCCACACAAAGAUUUCCAUGGGUGUUACACAAAUAAA